AAACCAAAAUAUACGACACUGGAGCAGGCUGCUCGGACUGGGAGGAGUCUGUAAGCUGCCUUCUCUUUUAAUUGGCUGCGCGGCUACAGUGAGAAGCGUGAGUAUCACUAAUUAUUCAGCAAUGUUUUGCACAAGAAAUGUCGGGCAGAUUGGGCGAUCUUCACCUUAGCACAGCCAUGACAUGCCCCAACAGCCAGACUGCCAACCCGUUUUUUGUGGACUCGCUAAUCAACGUGAGGGGCGAUGCCGGCUCGUAUUAUCACAGCAACGGCGUGUAUUUGCCCCCGGAAUAUUCGUACGGACUCCCCGCUGGUUCCUCUUGCUUCCCCGGGAUCGCGAAGCGCACUGAGGGGAGCGCACCGAGCGCUAUUCCGCCAUCCGCGCCCUAUGCUCCUGGUAUGGAGACGUGGCUGGAGGCGUCUCGCUCCUGCAGAGUCGAGCAGCCUGGUGGGCAACAUCUGAGCCAGCAGUGCUCCUUCUCCGCCGCCAUAAAGGAGGAGAGCGCCUAUUGCCUCUACGAAUCUGACAAAUGCCCCAAAGGAGCCACGGUGGAGGACAUCUCCUUCUCCGGAGCGUCGUGUCCACCCACAGGCAGCAGCACCGUGCCGGUCCCCGGCUACUUCCGCUUAUCGCAGACCUACGCCCCCUCCAAGCUUUACCAUCAAGCCCAACCGAGCGUGAAUAAUUUCCCACCGCAGCGAUCUCCCCGUGCGCCCGCGCAGCCGGCUCAACUCGCUGUGGCCGCUUCCUCCGGGAAGCGGGAGAGCCACGAGGAGGCGCCCGCGUCCGAUCCCUGCGCCCCAGCUCGAGACGAAGACAGCCGGCUGUCAUCCGAUGGAUCGUCGUCGUCCCCGGAGCCUGCAGAUGCUUGUGGUGUGGAGUGUGAAGAAAAGCCCUUGAAAGAUGCUGGCAAAAUAGAGAGUCCAGCGAACUGGCUGACCGCCAAGAGCGGCAGAAAAAAGCGCUGUCCAUACACCAAACAUCAAACUCUGGAGCUGGAGAAGGAGUUCUUGUUCAACAUGUACCUGACCAGGGAGCGGCGCCUGGAGAUCAGCCGCAGCGUGCACCUCACCGACAGGCAAGUGAAAAUCUGGUUCCAGAACAGGAGGAUGAAACUGAAAAAAAUGAGCCGUGAGAACAGGAUCCGGGAGCUGUCUGGAAACUUCGCUUUCACAUGAGACUUAGCGGACUCUCCAUCUCAGCCGACUGUGAGAAGAAACGGGACCCUCUAUAAUAGGCUAACUUAUUGAAUGUUAUUAUUUCCGCUUUUAAUCGUCGUGGAUGUGUAUUUAUAUAAAUGACGUUUGUAAUCGUGGUAUUUGAAAUGUUCAGAAUGCAAUGUACAUAAUGUAUAGUGGAAGCAUAUGUGCAUGUAAAAUUAUACCCACUCGCUGUUACAGUAAGAAAUUGAUGAGUAUUUGCAAACUUUUGCUGGUCAAUAAUAUUAUUAUUAAUAAUAAUAAAAAAAAAACAAUCUUUACAAUUGUUAGCUCUUUAUUUCAUUGACUAAUAGACGCUGUAGCGAUGCCCGUUUUUUGGGCUGAUUAUAUUAUUUUGGGAAACAUUCCAUUGAUAAAAACUUAAAAUCCAUCUUGAAUUUCAAUUUCUUAUGACAUAACGUUGUCGCGUAAUUAUUAUUAUUGUUACAUAUGCAUCUUUUGUCAUUGUUACUGUUGCCAAUGACAAAGUGUUAAAAUGACACAAUGUUAAACUCCAUGUGUGCUCAUGAGUUGUGUACCCUGGCAGAAUUUGUGAAAUAAUAUAUUUUUUUAAAGGAAAAAUAUGACUAGGAACAGGGACUAUAUCUUUAUUUUCUUUCUAGGUAUGUUUUAGUUAACGAUUAUGUUUUUCUGCCACCAAUUACAGUUAAAGUUGAUUCCUAUUAAAAAUAAAAUAAAUAUGUUUCGCCUGAUUCAUAUUUACUUUGAAAAAUGGUUUGAAAAUUUGCCAGGGUAUGUAAACAUAUGUGUAUUUUCUAUUUCCUAAUGACAAACUGUAAAAAUUCCUAAUGAAGGUUUAAUGUUACAUGUAUUUUAAUACCCAAUGUAAAACGCAUGGUACGUGACGCCAUCUUAAAAUCCUUCAUGGCUGAAUGUUAAAAUGCAUUUUGAGUCCAAAUAAUACAAUGUUAAAUUCAUUUUAAUUAGAAAAUGACACAAUAUUGACUCAUCUAUCUUGGCACAUAUGCAUUUAAAUUCCGAAUGAUAUGUUAAAAUGCAUGUUAUGGAAAUGACCAAUAUCACAUGCGUUAUGGUGGCACAAUGCAAACCCUUAACACUCAAUGACACAUUUUUAUCCCAAUUGACUCCAUGCAUGCUAAAUUGUAUGUUAUGGUAAUAUGGGUGACGAAAUGUUCCAUUUAUGGUCAUAAUGUAGAAAAGCAUUUGAAUAAUUCAACGUUCCAAGGCGUAUGUUAUGAUACUUUCAAUCACAAAAUGUUAAAAUCUCUCUUUUAUUGUAAUUAUUGAUGACACAACGCAAUUGCGUUAUUCCCAAUGACAACAGUGAAACGCAUUUUAAUUCCCAACGAGUCAGUUAAAAUCCAAAAUGUUAAAACCCAUCUUUUAUGGGAAUUCCUACGGGCACAAUGUAAAAAAAAAAAAAAAGCAUUUUAUAUACUUCCACCAAUUAAGUCAUUUAUUAAAAGUCAUUUAUCAUCUCCCAAUAAGAAAAUGUUGAAAUGCAUUUUGUUCAAUGUACUUCCUUAUAUGUCACAAAUGUUAACAUCUGUUUGACUCCCAUGACGUCAUGUCAAAAGGCGUAAUGAUAACUUUCCAUGACAGAAUGUUAAAAUCCAUUUUUAUAGUAAUCCCCAAUGACACCUAACAUGUAUUUUAAUUCCCGACGACACAAUUAAUAACUCCAAUGUUAAAAUGCACCAAAUCCAUUUUUUUAAUCCCAAUGACCCCAAUGUAUUUUGAUUCCCAUUGCUUGUGUUGUGGUAACACAAUGUUGAAAAUGCAUCUCAUGUCAACCGAGCCAAUGUGAAGUGCAUCUUCCCAAGGACACGAAAUGUUGAAGUCCAUCUUUUUCGAUAGCAGCAGAAGAGGAGAGCGGAACUGUGGAGUGGUUUAGGUAGUCUCAUGUUGUUGGGCUAUAUGUGACUUGCGUCCCACAACAAGAAACUGCCUUGAUUACCUCAGUAAAAACUCGUCGCAUAUUAUGAAAAGUGACUUUCUAUUCAUUAGCCAUUGUACUUAUCAAUAAUUUGGCAGCAAGCAAAUAAAACGCAUUACUCCCACAAGCGCCACAUUAUGUUUUAUUGUUGUGCGUAAAAGCAAUCCGCGGUAUUAAUUAGACCUCUCGGUGGGUUUGGUCACAGUGAGUAACGUCCAUUUAGCCAGCUAUUUUUUUUAUUUUAUUUAUUUUUUAUUCACGCUUGCACUUUAAGAGAAAGCCAAUUAAAUGGAUCUUAUUGUUUCAGGCUGAGGAAAAGAGCGCAGACAAGUCCUCGGUUAUGAUCAUUGCAGUCUGCCAGUUUGCCUCGCCGUAUAGGAAAUGCCGGAUGCGUCUGCUUUGCGCCUCAGAAAAGACACAAAGGCCCGGCUUUAUUGGGGGGGGGAUAUUUAGCUUAGACAGCCAUGUUGUAACCUUAAGAAAAACAACCCCAAUUGCCCGUGAUAAAAGGGGCCGUUAUGGCACCCAAAUAACCUCGCCCUACUUUCCUGCAUGUG